AUGGGUGUGCUACAACCUCGUGGCCGCCGCGACUCUCGCGCAUCGGCCUUAUCCCGUACAUUGCUUGUAAAUCGGGACUUCCACGACGCCCCCGAAUCACAGGUGGAACAAGUGCACCUGGGCACGCCGCCUGGCCCCAUGGGCAUUGAACCCACGAGCUACGAUGGAUCGAGUGUGCGAACCGCUAACCGAUCCUUCAAUCGUCGAUCUGUCAAUACAAUGGACUCGGCCCAUUAUGCGUCUAACGGCCUCCGUGACCAGACUGCGGAGCUGGCGACGUACGGUCUGUCGCUGAAUCAGAAACCCCUCUUGAGAGACCGGCCAAGCUUGCCCCGCAGCCUUGACAUAUUUCACGACGGACAACGCGCAACUAGUUCCUCACAGGAGAAUGCCGCAAGUUCCUAUCCAACUGCAGGCGAAGAAUCAUUGGCUUCGGGUCCUGUCCCCGUCGACCCUACUUCGGCUUCCUCGGCAUUGACAGAGAUGAUCCGCCGGCCGUCUACAGACGCGGUCGAUGACCACACCAGCCAAGCUGGAAUGGACGAUGCAUCCUUCCCACCGCUACCCACCAUCCAGGAUGAGUCCGAACCCCAGGAUACCGAACGAACAGCUCUAUUAUCCAAGACACGAUCCAAAUCUUCCCGCAGCUAUGGACUGGUCGACGAUGUUGAGAGCCAAGGAGGAACUGCGACCCGGUCUUCAAACAUUUUCACCCAAGAAAUAUCGACUUUAUCCAAGUAUUCGCGAGCACUGUCUAACCCCAAAUCCUGGGAUAGACGCACCUUGUGGCAAGAAGGUGUGGUCUAUCCGAUCAGUUUGAUUCCUGCCGUUUUGCUAGGGCUUUUGCUUAAUAUUCUUGAUGCCCUUUCCUAUGGAAUGAUUUUGUUUCCCCUGGGAGAACCGCUGUUUGCCCAUCUAGGAUCCGACGGCAUCUCGAUGUUCUACGUUAGUACCAUCAUCUCCCAGGUGGUAUUCUCUUGCGGGGGGUCGAUCUUUAAGGGAGGGAUAGGAAGCGAAAUGAUCGAGGUGGUCCCGUUCUUCCAUCAAAUGGCCUUUACUAUCAUGAACUCCGUCGGCAAGGACAAUCCGCAAUCGGUGAUUGCUACCACGAUCCUAGCUUUCUCUGUCAGUUCUGUCUUGACCGGUCUGGUGUUCUUCCUGAUGGGAGUCUGCGGGCUGGGCUCGCUCAUUGGCUUCUUCCCUCGACAUAUCCUCAUCGGCUGCAUCGGGGGUGUUGGUUAUUUCCUUCUGCAGACCGGGGUGGAGGUCUCUGCGCGACUUCCAGGCUCUCUGGAAUACAAUCUCCCCACGCUGCAAAAGCUCUUCCAUGUUGACACUUUCCCUCUUUGGAUGAUACCCUUGUUCCUUGCUAUUGGUCUUCUUGUCUUGAAGCAUUUCAUUCGGUCCAAUUUUCUCGUUGGUGGCUACUUCAUUGCUGUGGCUACACUAUUCUAUAUCGUUGUUUUGUGUGCCAACAUCUCCAUGGAUACCUUGCAUCAGAAUGGGUGGGUUUUUGGUGCGCCAUCAUCCAACAAUCCUUGGUAUCAUUUCUAUACCCUCUAUGAUCUUUCUGCGGUCAACUGGUCUGCCUUUGCCGAUACAAUUCCCGCGAUGUUCGCCCUGACAUUUUUCGGCGUGCUCCACGUUCCGAUCAAUGUGCCCGCUCUGGGUAUCUCGACCGGUGAAGACAACCUAAAUGUCGAUCGAGAGCUGAUGGCGCACGGUGUGACGAAUGCUCUUUCUGGGUUCUCGGGAAGUAUCCAGAACUACCUUGUAUACACAAAUAGCCUUCUCUUCAUCGCCAGCGGUGGAACGUCUCGACUGGCUGGUCUCAUGCUGGCAGCGGCAACCGUGGGAAUUCUGGUCAUCGGCCCAGUCAUUAUUGGCUACAUUCCAGUCAUGGUCGUUGGUGCCCUGAUAUUUUUGCUGGGUAUCGAAUUGAUGCAGGAGGCUUUGGUGGACACUUGGGGGAAGCUUUCUCGACUUGAGUAUCUGACAGUGGUCAUCAUUGUUGUUACCAUGGGAGCCUGGGACUUUGUCCUUGGUAUCCUGGUUGGUAUCAUCCUGGCAUGCUCUACCGUUCGCCGCCCCCCGAUCCAGCAACAGUUUUUGCGUGAAGCUGGGCAGCAAACCCUAAUCAUGAAGCUCGGCGGCUACCUCUUCUUCGGGACCAUCGUCAACGUCGAGGACACCAUGCGGGGGCUCAUCGAGGAGGAGGCAUUCCAGCGGCGACCCAUCCGAUUCCUGAUCCUGGACUUUUCUCGGGUUUAUGGGCUCGAUUUCUCGGCUGCCGAGGCAUUCACUCGCAUCAACCGCAUUCUCCGCAAACGCAACGUGCAGACAACCAUCUCGGGUUUGAAUGUGGACGGCGAUGUGGGCAAGAGCCUGCAGAAUGUCGGACUCUUCGAGCCCGAGACAGGCGUCCCCAUCUUCGAAGAUCUCAACUCAGCUAUAGAGUUCUGCGAGAACGACUACCUCAAGGUCUUUUACAGCCGACAGGAAGCCCUCCGGACACCCAGUGAACCGACCGCCCCCAGCAGCAACAAUCUCCAAGUCCCUGUACCCGUCCCGCCAACAUCCCAACCCACAAGUCUCGCCGACAACAUCGUAAGCUCACCGCGAGGCCAAUACCUGCAACGGGUAGCGACAACCACACUCCGCGAGCACGAAGAAGAAACCGCGCUCAUGGCCGCACCCGCCUGGUCCGCCAUGCGACAACCCCUCCCACUUCUGUUGCAAACCUUCCAGGGGCUCAGCGUCCAGAACGAAGAUUUCUGGUUCCCCGUCUGCGCAUACUUCUCGCCCGAGCACUACGCCGCCGGCACCGUCCUCUACCACGAGGGCGACGUCCCACGCGCCUUCUACCUCCUCGAGUCUGGCAUGCUGCGCGCCGAAUACGACCUGCCGCAGGGCCGCUACUUCGAGUUGGUGGUCGCUGGCCGGCCCUGCGGCGAGCUGCCCUUCUUCAGUGAUACCCGUCGCACAGCGACCGUCAAGGCCGAGCGCGAUUGUCUGGCUUGGUGUCUCGGCGCUGAGAAGUGGAGGGAGUUGCAGGAUCGGGAACCACGUAUUGCUCGGGAGUUGCUGACUGUCAGCUUGAAGUUGACUACCGAGCGCAUGGAUAGCAUUACCUCAUACGUUCUCACCAUGGCGGCUUGA